CUUCGUCUAAAUCUUCUUAUUUGGGUGAAGAUUCUGAUGUUCAAAUCCAUUUCACGAUUUUCUUCACCAUGUCGAAGGAAUUCAACGUUCCGCCUGUUGUUUUCCCGUCCGGUGGAAACCCCAACACCGGUCCUCAACAACGUCGUCUACCAACAGCACCGUUUCAGCCGGCCAGAUCUGCAAAUUCCAGUAUCCCUUUUAUGUCAUUCGAUAUCGGAUCAUCUCCGGCAUCCACAUCCUUCGUCACUCCUCAAUUCGGCACCGUCAUCGGCGGCGCCAGUGCAAACUUCGACGACGAGCCGCCUCUCCUCGAAGAGCUAGGUAUAAACACCAAACAAAUCUGGAACAAAACCGCAUCGAUUUUGAAUCCGUUUAGAGUUAAAGCCGAUCUUCACGAAGACGCAGAUCUAUCAGGUCCAAUUCUCUUCAUCAUGGCGUUUGGUUUGUUCCAAUUACUCGCCGGAAAGUUGCAUUUCGGGAUUAUUUUCGGGUGGACCACCGUAGCGUCUCUGUUUUUGUACGUCGUGUUUAAUAUGCUCGCCGGACGAAACGGCAAUCUUGAUUUAUACCGGUGCUUGAGUUUGAUCGGUUACUGUAUGCUUCCGAUCGUGAUGUUAUCCGCACUUUCCUUGUUUGUUCCUCAAGGUGGAGUUCUGAUCUUCGCGAUGACGGGGGUUUUCGUGAUUUGGGCGACGAGAGUCUGCACCAGUUUGCUGGUGGAGCUGGCUUCUUGCGGUGAUGAACACCGUGGUCUAAUUGCGUUUCAUGAUUAACGAAAAUGGAAGUAUUUGUGUGUUCAUCAUGCUCUUGCUGCUUCCAUUUCUGUGUUUACACAAUCGAUCGAUUUGGAGAAGAUGUAUAGAUCAAAAUAUUGUUUGAGAAAUGCGAGUUUAUCGAAGAACAGUAGGUGAAUCCAUCUCUGAUUUUCAGUCACGGUUCCGGCAAAAUCGUUCCAUAUGAAACUUAGGGGACGUUUACUAAAUGCUUACACGGUAAGGGCUCACCGUCACCGAGUCA